AUGGCGAUGUUGCGCGGUGCGGACAGGGGUGUCACCGUGGAGAUGAUACGAGAGGCUGCCACUGCCCUUAUGCGCAAGGUGGAGGGCGGCCAUGUGGAUUUAUUACCGGCUGCUUGUAUGCCUGAUGCACAGGGAGAUGUGUUGAGCACAAACGUGAGUUCAGGAACUGGGCUGGAGAGCUUGAGUGGAGUCUACGAGAGGUAUCUAUGCGGUGGCUCGGGGCACGCAGACGAAAGAUGUAUACCUAGAGAGGGUGUUGACUCCGCAGAUGGAAACGAAUGGUUGGAUUUGUUGGCUGAUAUUAGUGAUGCAGAAAUUGAUGCUGCAGUAGCAAAUUUGGCGUCCGAACGGCGCGCACAAUAUGAGGAACAAUAUCGAAGUGGAAAUGACGCUGGUUUUGUGCUGAUAAAUAAGGGUUCUGGGUGUUCUCCUUCGGGAAAUGUUGACCCCACACAAUCUGGGGAGGAAGUAGAAAGCAUUAGGCGAGCGGGCGGUGAUUGUAGUGUGCAUCAAAAAGCUGAUGAAAACAUCCUUUACUUUGGGGGUAUAGUGGAGCUUACGCAUUCUUGUGAGUGGAGGCCAGAUAUGGGAGGCGCGACUGAUGGUGGCGUGUACACCUUUGACCAUCAAAAGGAUAGUGCGCCACUUGAGCCCGACUUCGGCUCGAACCCUUCCACUGACUCCACACAUAUUGCCGCUCCCGUACCCGAAAUCACGCGUGAGGGAUUGUCCUCCUCUCCGCAUAUUGGGGGGGAUUUCGAUUCGUAUGUACGAGACAAGGUGCGUUUGCAGUUGCUGGUAGAUCGUGUAGCAGAGAGGGCGAGGGAGAUUGCUACAAGGGAGGUACUGGGUAGUGUUCGCGAGGCAGUAGAGGGGCGUGACGACCGAGUUCGACGCUACGUGAAGCGGAAUGAGGAGAUACGGGGGGAUUUGGUGCACUUGCUUGUGUUAAUGCGGCAGCUUCACCGCCAGGCUAUUGCCGACCACGCUGGCGACCCCUUUCGGGUGCAGCCGUGGGAGCGGGAUGAAUCAGUUACUUCCUGCAAUGCUUGCAGCCGUUCUUUUACACACCUUGUGAGACGUCAUCACUGCCGCCGAUGUGGCCUUAUUUACUGCCACGACUGCUCUUCCUUCUUGGGGAAGCUGCCAGAUAGGGCAGGUUGUCUAGAAUCAUCCAGGAAUUGGGUUCGUGUCUGCGAGGGCUGUUACACGGUAUGCUGUGAGCACCGCCGUUAUGUGAACUCUAUUCCCCCUCCUCCACCGCCCUCGUGCCACGAGCGGGAAGGUAACAGCCCUAAAGAUCCAUGCUUAUCGCUACCGUUGUAUUGCAAGAACGGCAAAGGGACUCUUACGGAUGGAAUGCCUCCCUUUUACGUAGUUUUACCCGAGGAAAGCUACUCACCCAGCACAACGGUUUUGUCGCUAUGGGCAAACGCGCUCUACAAGGGGCCACACCGGCUUUUUGGGCUGGCUGAGGAUGGUGCUGCUGCCUUGUACCGUAUUUCUGCACCAAAAUUCCAGGAGCUCCUCACAAGCACUAUUGGCACUGUGAAGAGUAUAAGUGGUUAUGGAGCGAAGGAGCGGUGGAAGUAA